UCCCUAUCAUCUUUCAUUCUCUCUCAAUGGUUAUUCUUUCAUUUUUCUUACUCUCUAAUCCUCUCUCUAAGGUAUACUAAGAAAAAUUAGAGAUGCUACGACAACAGAACUUGGGGUUGUUUCUAUGAAAGAAACCAGUUGGACCUUAUCAUGGGCCACAAUCUGUCUUCAUGUGCAAUAUUGCGAACCCACAAUAUACAAGAUUAGUUUCGAAAUCGAAGGUUUAAUUUUCUUGUUGAACGAUGGCACGCACAAAGACAACUCACAGAGAGAGGACUGUGGCGCCAGGAGGAUCUAUCGAACAGCAUAUCCUUACGGUCAACAAAGCGGAGGAUAUAUUCAUAAACGUAAUGGAAGUUGCGACGAUAGAACCAGGGGUUGUUUUCGUAAAUGCAACCGGUGGGAUCUUGUCACUCGCCACAAUCUGCCAUUAUGGGCAAGGAUGGGAACACUCAAUAUAUGAGGGUCAGUUAGAACUUGUUUCAAUGGUUGGUACAAUUGCUCCAUUUAAGGAUGGGGUUCUUAGUGGCAAAAAGGGUAGGAUGAAUAUCACGUCACUUUGUCCUGAUGGGGAGCACUCAGUGGUAAAGUAGAAGGUCCAACGAUUGCUGCAAGCGCUGUACAGAUCAAACUUUCUUGCUCGUCCCAGGAUGAACUACAAUGGAGGGAAAAUUUAGCACUUUGAUAACUUGUUGUAAAUUGAGAGUGUUGUAGUUGUGUUGAUGUAAACUUAAUGUUCUCUUGAUAUUUAUUCUGGAGGACGUUAUUUAUUCUGAGGACAUUGUUG